AUGUUAAUUAAUCACAUCAAUGGUAUCAGUAAUUCUAAAAAAAUUGUGCAAAUGACCUUGGAUAGAAAUGUUGUUCAAGUUUGGGAUUCCAUCACCCUCGCAUCAAAUACUCUCAAUAUAGUAAUGAGAAAUAUUUCUCAAUGUUGUAGUGGAAAGCCGAAUACUUCUGGAGGGUAG